GCGAGGAAUAAAGCAGCUGAAACAAUACAGUGGAAUGGUCAGUACGCGAGUACAAUUUCAUGUCUAAGCCAUAUGUCUGAGGAAAGAAGAAAAGAAUAUGAAAAGAAUUUUGCUAAAUAUGCAAUUAAAACCCAUGCUGAUUCCAGGUAUUCAAUCACAGGAAAGCGCCUGUCAAGUAUUCUACUACAGACCGGUGUAGAUGUCUAUACUGUACAACAAAUCAUGACCAUUAUCAACAAAUCUGAUGAGAGCCAGGUGCUUGUUGAGGAUUUUCUUGCGGCUUCUGCACUAAUAGAUCGAGCGACGGAGGGAUAUCGACUUCCUGAUAUAUCUCGACUUUAUCUGAUCCGAGAUGAACUGUUCAAAAACAUCCAAUACAAACAGCACAUUUUUGACCCAAGGUAUUGCUUGAGCUGGUUUUACCAUCGUGAUAUGAAAUUUGAAACAGCUGAUGGAAUCUUGAAAAUGCCUGGACGUCGAGAUGGAAGUUUCCUGGUUUGGAGAAGGAAGAAUGAUGAUUUUUACUCUUUAGGCACAAUUUUUGGACAUGGAUCAUUUCACUUGAGGAUAGACAUCACAGCGGGUAUGUACAGUGUGGAGAGGAAUGUGAAGUUUCCACAACUUGGCCGUCUAAUACAGCAUUACAUGGCUCAUCCUCUACCAAUACCUGGAGACUGGAGGCUGAAAUAUCCUAUUCCUGUCCAUACUCCCUCAACAAAAAGGUGGUUCUACCCAAAUAUUUCGCCAGUAUCAGCAAUAUUAUUGCUUCGUAUAUUCUCUUCUGAACAAAACUUCAUCGUUCGCUAUUCAGUGGAAACCCCAGGAUGCUUUGCCCUUGUUUUAAGGACACCAGUCGAGACUAUAUCCUUCAAGAUAAUACACAAGCAUGGAUUCUAUUGCCUCCAGGGAGGGGAGGAUACUGCCGAAAGGUUCCGCAAUUUGGACGCAUUGAUAGAAUACUACAAUAAGAAUCCUAUCUACUCUAACGCGUGGGGAAACCCAAUUUACUGUCAAUCAUUUACAUUGAAGCAUUCUACACCUCCGUUUGUGCCUGUAUGUGCCCAGCAUCCUAAGGUACCACUUGUGGUAGGAAAAACUGAAGAUGAACUCCUUUGUAUGGAAUGCUCUGAAAAAGUAGAUAGAUAUUUCAUAGAGAAGGGAAAACUUGCAGAAUUUCGUGAGAUUUUCGGUCGUCUGGAUUCAGAGAAUUUCUCCAUAGGCCUUCAAACAGAGAACAACGUUAAAUCACUCCUCAGAGACAAGGGUGUGCUGGAAGAUGCUGUUUCCAGAAUAUGGGAGCUUGCUGACUUAGACCGCGACAAAUUUCUCAACGAAGACGAGUUCUGUAUAGCGAUGUAUCUUGCUGAGUUAGCCUUGGCCAAGAAAAUGUUACCCCAGGGUAAAAAUAUUCCUCCGUCGCUAAUACCACCAUUUGAUGCCAUCG